AAGCCGCUUGUGGCUCAAGCCAACUCUGCCUAGGCUGUGGGGUGAGGUUUGAAGGCCUCCCGCCGUGCCUGGGUCAUCAACAUGGCGAUGGGCAAGAUGACGCUGAAAGAAGUGGACGUGAGGGACAAGCGGGUGUUUAUCCGGGUUGACUUCAACGUGCCUCAGGAUAAGAGCGAUCCAACUGUCAUCACAAACACUCAGCGCAUCGAUGGGGCAGUACCCACGAUCAGGCACUGCCUCAAGAAGGGUGCCAAAUCGGUAGUGCUUUGUUCACACUUGGGUAGACCAGAUGGCAAGCCUGUGGAGAAGUAUUCCUUGGCUCCAGUUGCCAAAGAACUGGAGAAGAUCCUUGGUCAGGACGUGCUGUUCUUGAAGGACUGUGUUGGCAGUGAAGUCGAGGCUGCAUGCGCAGAUCCUGCACAAGGGUCCGUCAUUCUGCUCGAAAACCUUCGAUUUCACAUCGAGGAGGAAGGUAAAAACGAAGCAAAAGAAAAAGCAGACGCGGAGAAGGUCAAGGAGUUUCGAGCCUCAUUGGCCAAGUUGGGAGACGUCUAUGUCAAUGAUGCUUUUGGCACUGCCCACCGAGCGCACAGCAGCAUGCUAGGCGAAGGCUUUCCCAUCAGAGUCGCUGGCUUCCUCAUGGGUAAGGAGCUGUCUUCGUUUGGCAAGGUGUUGAACAAACCUCGCCAGCCAGUGCUGGCAAUACUAGGUGGUGCCAAGGUCAGUGACAAGAUUCAGCUCAUAAAGAACAUGCUGGACAAGGUAGACAUCAUGAUCAUCGGAGGUGGAAUGGCCUACACCUUCCUGAAGAUUGACGGAAUGCAGAUAGGAAACUCUUUGUUCGACGAGGAAGGAGCCAAGAUCGUGCCAGAAAUCUUGGAAAAGGCAAAGGAAAAGGGAGUUGAGCUUGUCCUGCCGGUGGAUUUUGUAGUUUCGAGCGAAUUUGGGGAGAAUGGAGAGGUCAAGACGGUGACAAAGGCCGAAGGAAUCCCAGAUGGCUUCAUGGGCCUGGACUGUGGGCCAGAGAGCCAAGCGUUGAACCGCAAGUCUGUGAAGAAGGCCAAGACUAUCAUUUGGAACGGGCCGAUGGGCGUAUUUGAGAUGGCGAGUUUCGAAGCUGGGACCAAAUCAUUGAUGGACGACGUUGUUGCAGCUACCAAGCGUGGUACUACCUCUAUUAUUGGAGGUGGUGACACAGCAACCUGCUGUAAGAAGUACGAGACCGAAUCUAAGGUCACACACUGCAGCACCGGCGGUGGCGCAUCUCUGGAAUUGCUGGAGGGAAAGGAGCUGCCUGGAGUUGCAGCUUUAAGCGAGAAGGUGCCAAGCACUUCUGACUACAGUGACGACAAUAUUUUUGCCAAGAUCAUUGAUGGCACAAUCCCGUGUUUCAAGGUUUUUGAAACUGAGGAUGCUUUGGCCUUUCUCGACGCGUUCCCCAUGGUGAAAGGGCAUGCUUUGCUGAUUCCAAAGCGCAAGGGGUUUACCUCUUUGGAGAGCAUGCCGCCAGAUGCAGCUGCAGCCUUUCUAAGUGAGC